UUCUCCUUACUCACCCCACCUCACCGCGAUCAAUUCUAGCCAUGGCCCUAGGCUCUGCUCAACCGAAGGAGUUAAAGGCAAAAAAGCAACGACUCUCAAACCUCAUUCAGUCAUUGAAAGUUUGAAACCCUCUUCGAAAUGACUUAACGCCUUUAAUUAAAAAAACAAAAAAAGGGAAAUCCCACUACCUGCUUGACAAAAAUCCCCAGUCAAAAUCCCCAAUGGAGUCGAGCAUCUUAGAAUCGAUCGGCCAAGAAAUCAUCGGCGUGAUGUCCCCAGUCUCUCUUUGCAUGCUCUUAGUAGUUCUUCUCGUUUACUCCCUCUCACCUUCCAAUCCCUUCUCUUCUUCCUCUUCCACUCCCAUCCGUACAGCCGCCAAUCUCGUUUACCUCGAAAACCCAUCUGACACCGCUGCUGAGAAGCUGGAGGGAGCCUUGCUUAAUGCCUUGGUCUUCGUUAUCCUCAUCGCUAUCGUUACGUUUGUUCUUGUGCUGCUUUAUUACUAUAACUUCACUAAUUUUUUGAAGAAUUACAUGCGAUUCUCGGCUUUUUUUGUGCUCGGUACAAUGGGUGGUUCAAUCUUUUUGUCAAUAAUUCAACAUUUCUCAAUACCAAUUGACUCAAUUACUUGCUUCCUGCUGCUUUUCAAUUUUACCAUUGUUGGGGUGUUAUCCAUGUUUUCUGGUGGGAUGCCGAUUGUUUUGAGGCAAGGGUAUAUGGUAUCGCUGGGGAUAAUCGUGGCAGCAUGGUUUACCAAAUUGCCUGAGUGGACUACAUGGGUUUUGCUGGUUGCAUUGGCUUUGUAUGAUCUAGUGGCAGUUUUGGCUCCUGGUGGCCCCCUUAAGUUGUUGGUGGAGUUGGCCUCAAGCAGAGAUGAGGAAUUACCAGCUUUGAUAUAUGAAGCUCGGCCAACAAUUUCUUGCAAUGAGGGAAAUCAGCCGUCAAGUUUGGGGCUUCUUGUUGGUGGAGUUUCAGAUUCUGGGUCAGUUGAGUUGCAGGCGGUGUCAAAUAAUAAUGUCCAUAGAGAUGGAAGUGAAAAUCAUAGGAGUCCUGAGCAUGCUGCUAUCCAGGUUAGAAGAUUGGAAAAUGUGGAAGGUGAAAGAAAUAGGGAUGAAGGUGAGAGGUUGCCAUUGGUUGGUCAUUCCAGCGAAAGGUAUUUAUCAGAUGGUAACUCAUCAGAAUAUUCUACUGUUGUUCGCAAUAGAGAAUCUGAGAUUGUUGUGGAUGAGGAAAUGUCUCCUCUUGUUGACUUAUUGGGGAUAGACAAUGAGAGAGAGCAGGUAAGGAGUGAUGGUAUGGGGGAUUCAGUGGCAGCAAGUAGAGGUAUCAAGCUUGGUCUUGGAGACUUUGUGUUUUAUAGUGUUCUGGUAGGCAGGGCAGCCAUGUAUGAUCUAAUGACUGUAUAUGCAUGUUAUCUUGCCAUUAUCUCAGGACUUGGGUGCACUCUUAUUUUGUUAUCUGUGUGCCGCCGAGCACUGCCUGCCCUCCCAAUAUCCAUUACAUUGGGUGUCGUUUUUUACUUCUUGACUCGAUUGUUAAUGGAACCUUUUGUUGUUGGGACGGCAACAAAUUUAAUGAUGUUUUAGCCAGCUCAUUUCUGUUAUGUGACAACGAGAAGAAGAGAAAGAAGGUGGGAUAUUAUUUGUUCCAAAGGAUACUGAUGAUUUUGUAGGAAAGGUGAUCUUUAUACCCAAUGGAAAUUAGUUUUGCGUGCACUCUCAUUCCAUUGUGCUUGUGUAAAUUUCUCCUGAUUUGAGUUCUAAUUCAAUAGUGCAGCAACUUCAAGACAAUCUGGUAAUUGAAAUGUAAUUUUACCACCCUUUUGGGUCUUCUAUAAAAUUUAGAACUGAUCUUGUUUCCUUCAUUUAACAAUUCAUUUGAUGGGGAUACAUAAAAUAAUAUAACUCAUGGUUGGAUGUAUAUGCAUGUUCUGAAGGCAUAACUCAUGCUUUUGCAUAGAAUAAUUGCAUUUUUGACAGAAUAUCUAACCUAGUUCAUUGGCUCUUAUCUUUUAUGCUUUUGUGAGAUUGAUACUUUUUUUUCAAAAGCUUAGUGUCUUCAAGAGAAAUUAAUGAAUUAAUUGCAAGAAAUAACACUUUUUAUGAUUGAGGAUCCUGAUUACUCUUUGUGCUUUUUCUAGGACAUAUAAAAGGUUUGUAGAAAGCAAGAUAAAGUUUUGGAGUGUGGUUUGAAGGAAGAGUCUUAAAGAGGAUAGAGGAAGAAUGAUAAAACAACAUAUGGCCAUCUGAAAUAAGCAGCAAUAAUUUUUGAUUUCUUGUAAUUUCUGUUUCACUUUAACUCAGAGUAGAUUCACAAGCUGUUUAUACAUCAUUGUUGUUGGCAAAACUUGGGUAUGUUUCAGUUGCUGCAGUUUUGUCUUCUUUAUUGCUUAUCUCCCUUGCCAGGUUCUUGGGUUAAAAUGGCCUCCUUCAAAUCUGAUGAGACGGUCCUGGUUUGACCUUUUAGUAUCAUCAUUUCAGUAAUCCAAUCAUCAUAUUUAUCUUGAUCCAUUCUAUGUUUUUUUAAUGCAUGCCAAUCCAUUCACCAAGGUUUUUGUUAGUCUCGAUUGAACCAUUUGAAACUAAAAUUUCAUCUUUUGGACUGAAUAGAUAGCUUGAUAGUUGUUACAUAGCUGGCUGUUUGUUUAACUGGUCAUGGACCAUUCAAGGCAUGACACCAGAAAUGAACAAGACUAUUGUUAAGAGAACUGAGCUAAGAAACAAACCUCUAAGGAUGAUAUCAUUCCUCCCAGUGUGACAUUGAUAUUGGCUUUCUGUCCUUUUACUUGUAAUAGAAAAAAGAAAGAAUGUGAUGAUGAUGCAUUCAAUGAACUUCUUGAAGCAGUCUCUUUGGAACCAAACUCAAUGAAGGGAGUAGGGCAUUUUGGAGGUAUUUCCAUAAUGCCUUCACACAAUAUUGACAAGAAAUAAUUUUCAGCUUAAAGUUUAUAGCUAGUCUACAUCAGAUUUCUCAGUUGUGCUACUAUGUCCUUAAGUAUAUUGGUAGACUGAGAUGACUUGGCUUUCAAGUAUGUUGUUUAACUUGUUUGACUAAAGAAGACUGGGUAUCGAUGAUUCUAGAAGUCUUGGUUCGUUCAAAUUUCUCAUUUUUUCAUUGGAUAGAUGUCUCUGAUAUUACCAAUAAAAUGUUUGACUCCUUUAUAUUCAUCAGAGUCCAUAAGGAGUGUCAUAAGAUUUUAUGGUUGAAGCAGCACUACCUAGUGAUAUGCCUCAGGGUAUUGCUGAGGAUUGCAAGUUGCAGGGGACUUUUCACAAAGCAUUAGAGUUGCUGCCAAAUUCAACAAAGAAGACAGGCUUCCUUGAUGAAGCUGUAACUGCACAUUGCCAGGCUUUAAGCAAGUCAUUGCAAUUGAAUCCCCAGAGGUUGGCAAAUGUACAAGAUACUUAACUGUAGAGCUGCGGUUCAAAGAUGCAGAAACCAUUGUUGAGUUUGCUUCGGAUGAAGUUGGCAGGCAGAUACAAGUACGAAGAGAGCCACGUUCUAAGAAGAUCAUUAAUCCAAACAGCUCUGGUUCAAAGGUACGCAUUCCUUGGCAUUGAAUUUUACUUAUGACUUCAUCUGCAAUUUGCAAUGAAACUCAUACAUUAGGCUUUGGAUUAUGCAUCUCAAAUUAAGUUAGGCCACAUCAUUAUAUUGUACAAACAGUUGAUUGCUUGGUUCUUACAGCCAUGGCUGUCUUCUGUGGGACUAACUGCCCCGCUUUUUGGUGUUUCUCUGAGCUCAAUUUAUUGUUGUUGGAGAUAAUGGAAAAAAAGAAAAAUAAGCAUCAUCCUCAAAGUAGUGCACGACCUCCCUUUAGCUAAGGAUAAUGAUUGUUCAUAUCAACUGUCUGAAGACAUUUAUAGCUGGUCCAUACUUGUUAUUAUAUAAUGCCUUGUUGAGUAUAGGCGAAGUCAUUCAUUAGCAUUUUCUUUAAGUUAUGGUAGCAGCCCAAUGAUUUCCUACUCUAUUGAAUGAUUUAUUUGUUCAUAGGCACUCUUCCUGCUAUUUCACCAAGGCCCUUUCCUCUUACCAUUAUAGUGAAAAUGAUGAACCAAUUCACCACUUUUGAAAUGCUUGCAAUCUAUCAAUACAAGAAAAUUUUAUGUUAGUAGAAGAUGACACUCGUAAGAUUCAAGACAUUUGUUUCUUUAUAUUCAAAAUGAGAUUAAGAAUCAGAACAUAAAUAAAAAAAUAAAAAAAAUCAGGCAGCCAAAUUUAAGGAUUAUGGUUGCUGAUGAACUCUCUGCAGUGUCAGGUGAAGUCACCCAUAUCACCAAGGUGGAUAAUCUAUUUUCCUUUUUUUUUUCUCUCUCUCUUUGUUUUAAUAGAUGAGGGUUUAAGAAGUUAACAUGUUCCAUUGUUCCCAAGGUGUAAACCCAUGACUUAACCCAAACCAAGGGUUUAACAAGUUGGUGGGUUUUCAAUUUGGUUCAGUUCCGUUUGGCAUUGGUUAAAAUUAAUCAAGUAGGAGAAUGUUGGAUACUCAUUCCUAAAGUAACCAUUACCAUCCGUAUGUACAAAUAGCACUUUCCUUCCAUAGUUUUAACGCAAAUCAGUGGUCCUUGAUAUCAAAAUGUUGGCUGAACGGUAGAAUGUUAGACUUUUAGUUUCAAUGAUUAAAUUCAAAUCCUUUAACAGCUCAAGGACCAAAAUAAAUAAAUAAAUAAAUAAAUAUGUUGAAACAGCCAUACUUGUUAUUCAGAUCUUAGUAAUAUGAUAAGAAACAAACAUUUUUUUAUACAAAGGAGAUCAUAGUGUGAAGAUAAAAAAAAAUAAAAUUUAUAAGUAUUGAAAUUUAAACCUAAAUCUGUUGAAUGUGAUUGCUUAAUGCAACUGCUUGAGGAUAAUUAUAUGAAUUAAUUAAGUUACUAGUAUUUUUCAUUGUCCUCAUUAGAUGCCCAACUAACUUGGACUGUUUGGGUAUCCAAGUUAGCCUAAAAGCCUUUUUUAAUUUUGAAAUUUUCUCAACUAGUUCUCGAAAAAUCUCAAUUAUGAGUCAUUAGCAAGAAUCAUUUCGUUGCAUCCAUCUACAUAUUCAUGCAAGAAUCUUCAGACCUAGAUGCAGUGCAUCCUUUAGCAAGACGUUUUCUUUAAUGCCAUUAAAAUCAAAAUUUGGAUUAAAUCCCAGUCAAGUUUUCAUCAGAAAAUGUUACUCUUUACAAUUACAAGGCAACUUAAAUCAGAUUGCUCUCAACGGCACUAACUCAACUCAUAUAAUACAGACAGACUCUGAUUUACAUAAAAAAAAACAAAAACGAAAACAAAAAAAAAAAAA